AUGGCCUCCAAACAAGUCAAUAUCUCUCCCUAUGUUAACAUUAACGAGAUCAAUCCUGCUCUGGAUCACUACAAGAUCAGGGUUCGUGUGAUAAGACUUUGGAAAGCAUUCAAAUCACUGCAGAUGGUUUUAGUCGAUGAGGAGGGAACAAGAAUUCACGCGUCUAUUGAGGAUGCAUUGGUGAAGAAAUUUCAAAACCAGAUCCAAGUUGGUGAUUCGAAAAUAAUCGAUACUUUCAGUUUGGUGGAUUAUGACGGUGAUUACAUGACAAGUGCUUUGGGAUUUAAGUUAGUGUUCUAUAGAACCACCACAGUUAAACCAUGUGAUGAUUUUCCGGCACGAGUUCCUGAAAAAUACUUUCAAGAAUUUUCAACUAUCUUGGCUGGAAAAAUAGAUAAACAAGUAUUGUUUGAUGUGGUUGGUCAAAUUGCUGGUGCUGGUUCUCUUGAUAAUGUAAAAACUAAGGGAAAGGACAAUGUGAAGAUAAGUGGGUAG